AGGACGUGUGUCAAGAUGCCCCACAAGAAGAGAACCCAUGGUCACCCCAAGCACCCGAAGGAGGACAAGGAGGCCCAGGAGAGUGCAGUGGGGAGUGGCAUCGCCGUGUCAGAGUUUUUGGGAGGCUUGACAGCGCACAUCUUGUGGCACGGCUGGUUGGACACUUCCCUUCUCCCAUGUUCACUCUGCUCCUGGUCCCUCAUGGCGUAUGCAGCGUACUGGAUGAGCCUUCAAAAAGGAGCAGCUUCCUCUCCACUUGACGUCCGACCUAGUAACAGGUCUUCAGCCUACUGUCCCCCGGUGGGUCACUGCUAUGGCAAGUCGCUGCCUAACCAGGCCGCACCCAAACCAGCGGCUCCGGUCUCCACUGUGAAGCCGGCCCAGUUUGAGAAGGCAUCAUCAGGAUCUGCCAUGGCUACAAGGCCUGGGGGGGUUACCGCAGCAACGGGCAGAGCCACAGGAAGUGGUGUUCCGGCAGCAAGAAGUGCUUCGUUAACGGCCAAAACAGAGACUAACACUACGCAGAGGGGUGCUACUGUUAUUGACAUGUCGUCCGCUGGGCCUGCUGUUGUUGACAUGACGUCAGUAGGGGCGAGGGGCGGUCCUCAAGCAAGGCCAAAGACGGCACCUGUCUCCCAAGUCAAAGCUUCAGUUCCCUCUCGUGCCACUGGAACAGCUGCAGCCGCUGGCACGGCAGUGACCGCUGCUGUGACCAAACCUAAAGUGUCGCCCAAAGUCACAGCCAAGGUACAGGUGGAGGUUCCUUCCACAGCAGCUAAAGCCAAAGAGGCACCUGCAGUGGAUCCAUUCGAUGCCCUGGCCAGCAUACUACCAUCCGCUGAUUCUAUCGUGCCCCAACAGCCGGUGUACACCGGGCCAGAGGUCAAAGAGCAUGGCGUCACCUCGGAGAAGGGUCACAAGUGCGGAGAAAGAGAUGACACACUGCCUCCAGGCUACAGAUUUGAAGAUAUGGCUCCAGGUCCUGCUGACGUGAAACCCAUGGACGUGCCUAAACCAAUGAACAAUGAUGAGGCCCUGGAUCUGCUCUCCACUGGAUUCAUGACUUCUCCUGUUUUACCUGCUUCCAAGAAGCAAGAGAUUACGGACAAGGUCUGUUCAGCAUCUGCUGGGCCGGCAAACUUUGCACCGCCUCCUGUAAAGAAAGGUGAACGUCCUGCAGCUGCUCCUCCUGCUGAUAAGAAAGCCAAGAUGGAGAAAGUCUCAGACGAUUUCUCUCUGGAGUCUGUACUUUCCUCUGAACCUACCACGAAAGCAGCUGCUCCUGCGGCUGUGUGUACUGCUCCCCCCGCUGAUAAAAAAGCCAAGAUGGAGAAACCCGUGGUCACCAAGCCCAAGACUGCUGAGGGUGCGUCAAUGUCUCUGGACGCUCUCAGUGCUCUUAGCGACUCGUUGCCAGAAGCCGCACCGAAACCUGAAUCUCCCAAACUCAGGCCUGAGGACAUCGUCUCGGUGGACAAACUAAAGGAGGAGAAGGGGAUGCGUGUAGGAGAUACGGAGGAGUCAAUUCCUCCAGAGUACAGGUUUAAUAGGGCGGAGCUGGAAAAACUGCCUGCUCCUAAACCUGAGCCCACCAUGGCCACAGGUGACGCUCUGGACUUUUUGUCUGGAGACUUCAUGACGUCCUCAGCAGCUCCGUCAGUUCAGGCUCCUGUCGUCGCCUCAGCUUCUGCACAGAAAGUUGAAUCCUCUGCACUUCCCCCUGCUGAUAAGAAAGGAAAAGUGAAGAAAGCCCCGGCUAAAAAGGACACCACUGAUGGCAAGCUCCAGGCUAAUCCGGGCGACUCCAUGUCCCUGGACGCUCUCAGUGCUCUCUGCGACACGUUGCCAGAAGACGCACCAAAACCUGAAGCCCCCAAACUCAGACCUGAGGACAUUGUCUCGGUGGACAAACUGAAGGAGGAGAAGGGGAUGCGUGUAGGAGAUACUGAGGAGUCAAUUCCUCCAGAGUACAGGUUUAAUAAGGCCGAGCUGGAAAAACUGCCUGCUCCUAAACCUGAGCCCACCAUGGCCACAGGUGACGCUCUGGACUUUUUGUCUGGAGACUUCAUGACGUCCUCAGCAGCUCCGUCAGUCCAGGCUCCUGUCGUCCCCUCAGCUCCUUCUGCACAGACCAAAGUGGAGGAUUUGUCAGCUCUGGAUUUGCUCGCUGGAGACUUUGUUUCUCCAGCUAAAGCUACCGGAGUUAAGGCGCCCGUCCCUGUCAGGAGGGAACCCGAGAUUAUGGUUUGUCCUAUGCCCACCCCCGUCCAACAGAAACUGGAACAACCCAAGACAGUAAUCGGCGACUCCAUGUCCCUGGACGCUCUCAGUGCUCUUUGCGACACGUUGCCAGAAGACGCACCAAAACCUGAAGCCCCCAAACUCAGACCUGAGGACAUCGUCUCUGUGGACAAACUGGAGGAGGAGAAGGGGAUGCGUGUAGGAGAUACGGAGGAGUCAAUUCCUCCAGAGUACAGGUUUAAUAAGGCGGAGCUGGAAAAACUGCCUGCUCCUAAACCUGAGCCCACCAUGGGCACAGGUGACGCUCUGGACUUUCUGUCUGGAGACUUCAUGACGUCCUCAGCAGCUCCCUCAGUCAAGGCUCCUGUUCCCCCCCGCUCAGCUCCUCCUGCAAAGCCCUCUGCAGACUCUGCUCUUGAUGCCUUGGCAGGAGACUUUGUUGGCGCCACUGCUGCUCCAAUAGUGAAGUCUGCUUGUGCUCCGACGGAGGCUGAUCUGCAGCUGGCAGCAGGAGCCGACAGUGCCCUGGAUGCUCUGUCCAACACCUUGGAGGAUAUCACACCCAUCCCUCAGCCCACCCCGGUUCCUACCAAAGACAUUGUGAAGGAGAAAAAGGUUGUGGAGGAGAGGUUGAUCAUGAUGGGAGAGCGAGACGACUCUCUGCCGCCAGAAUAUCGACUCACUGAGGAAGAUCUUAAGAAUAUGGCAGAAGCAAAGGCAAAAGCAGCUGCAGCACCCAAGGAGAAGGGCCUGGAUGAUGCUUCAGCCUUGGACCUGCUGUCCCUUGAUUUCUCUGCUGCUCCUCAACCCGCUGCUCCGGUCCAAUCAACUGCAGCCACGACAAAGCUUGAACCUCCUGCGCAGGCCUCAGAGCCACUGAAGCCGAUGGCCGGCGCUGUUCUGGACUCCCUGGCGGACACCUUGCUCCCGGACGCCAAAGAGUUGAAAUCCAAAACAGACCAGGCAAAACCAAAGGGCAAGAGCAAGUCAAAGUCAAAGUCCAAAAAACAUCAUGCAGAGGAGCCAUCUGCCACUGACCUGUUAUCAGCUCAGCUAAGCUCAGACGUUGUGUCAACAACUACAAAGAAGGGAGGCAAGAGCUAGAUCACCUUGUGGUCGGUGCCUUUUGUCCUCGAGGGACGCAGGGACUCAUCAGUGUGGGAUCUGCUCUGUGGAUAAUUGUUCUAUUUUUCUAAAUCAUCAAGAAUGUACAUUGGAUGAAAGACAAACCCACACUCACACACAAAUGCACACAAAUGCACAAACAUGCACACACGUACACACACACAAACACACAUACACACACGCACACACACACCUCUGCGUGUAGUGCCUUUCUUGUUCGGUUUCACAUGUGUUGUUGGAUGAGGAGCUCUUGGUUUCUGUCUCUGCAGAAAGUGACUUUUUUGAAACAUGGAUGGAUAUAAAGAACGAGGGAAGAACAGAAACAGAAAGAGGGGAAACUGGGGAAAGAGAGGAGGUUAAGGCACGUUAAAAAAAAAAGUUUGUUUUGCUGGUUGCUGUGCUGAGUGUGCUGAUGGAAGGAAAGCCUGGUGGUAUAUUGUGACGCUGAUUGGAGUGGUGGCGACUGUCAGCUCGAGUGGGAGAAGUAUGUAGGGGGGGUUAUAGUAUCGGGAUGUUUGUGCAAUCUUGUUGUACACAGAAAAGUCAAGUUUUCUAUCACCAAGUGGUCAGAUGCCAAUAAGACACUAGUGUACAGCUUCGUCUGCGUAUAUUUUGGACAGCGCAUAGUUUACAUGAUUAAAUGUGUGGAGGAUUCACGGGAGGUUUUCUGCUUAAUUCUGCAUCUGAGAGCUUCUUCGCAAAUGCCUUUUUACUUUCUGUAGAGAAAUAUAUGUCAAGAGAAGAAGGGUCUUUUUUUUUGUGUGUGUGUGUUUGGCCUUGCAUUAAAAAAACAUUACUGGUGUCCAGAAGAGCACUUAGUGAACCGAGGUGGUUGCGAGUGUGAACUGCCAUUCUGUAUACUGUAAAAGAAGAUUUUUGUUCUGUAUAAGACAACACUGUAUAAUUUACAAAAGGCUUUCAGCUGUAAGGUCGAAUCACUAUAAUUUCCCCAAGGUAAUUUUUUUCUUCCUGACACAGGUUUUGUUGUGUGGGUAUGUGUCAAAAGAUAUAAGAGGUGUUUUAGAUGUGGGAAUACUAAUUAAAUAAAAUGAAUGUAAAGUUUUAGAUUUAGAAUGUGUAGUUAUUAUGAGAAGUUGGAUUUGACAAUUUGCACAAAAGCAAGCAUGAAGUGCCUUAAAAAGUUAAAUAUAGCAGGACAAAUAUAUCAUAUCAAAUCAGUCAACAAUUAUAUUUUCUUACAGGUGCAAGGGAAGUAUGUGUGUGUAUACAACCGAAUGAGAACAGAAUCUCUUCUUAAAAAAAAAAAUUCUCUCAUCUUGAAUUAGUUCCUUUUCUGUUUCACUCUGCGUAGUUGUAGCCCACUUCCUUCUCUCUCAGGGGGAUCAACAACUAAAAGUCUUUCGCUCAAACUUUAUAUUUUUGUGCCAAGAACCUGAAUGACUGAUGGUGGAUGCAAAUGAGUGGGUUUGUUGUGUAAAAUAAAGAAAAAUACGAAACUUAAAUAAAGACAAAUGCAAUUCA